AUGUAUUACUUACUAAUUAUAUUUACAUUAGUAAUUGAUGUAAGUUAUGGUUUAUUUUCUCCUCAAAAUUCGGAUUGUGAUGCUCAUGGUCUUAAAAUAACUGGUAAUGAUAUAAUGUUGGUUAAAGCUUUAGGUGAUUCCAAAUUAUUUCUUAUUCGAUUUGCUCCUUACGAUUAUGUAUCUCAAUCGCUUCAGUGCGUGAUUCCAUACAAUGAUACCAAUCAAUAUGUAUAUUCAGUAAGUAUUGGUGAAAAACAAAAUUCCAAUCAAACACAUUUUUUUUAUGCGGGAAAAAUAUUAAAUAAUUCAUCGCCUAUUGGUUCAUUAGACCAUGGCGACAUGUUUAUUGGUAUAUUAGUCAAUAAUUAUCGUCAAAAUACAUUUAUUUCUGCAGAUACAGAGACAUUAUUCAAUUGCAAUCAUUUUCAAUAUCAAUCACUUCAAUUUCUUUCAUCUUAUGGUCAUCAAGAGUUUUUUGUAUUCGCUGUUGAACCUUACGGUCAAUAUGCAAUUGGCAUAGCAAAAGAUUUUAUCUUUACUUAUCAUCCAUUUGUUGAUAAUAAGAUAAAAACAAAGAAUAGCAGUUUGUUAUGGGCUCCUAAUACAGUAUUUAUACCUAUAGCAGUUGAUACACAUACUUCAUAUACUAUUGUUGCUGGUUUUGUUAUUAAUGGUCCUUUGUUUCGAGUACGUGCAACACCUACAGUUUAUGUGAUAUCAAACUCUGGCCUUAAUGUAUUAUCAACAUGGUCAUAUGUAGUUGCAUUAAAUUCAUGGGAAUCAUAUUUAACUUAUUCGAAUCUUAAAGCAUGGUCAAAUAAAUAUGUUAUGUCAGUAACUAUUAAUUUAGAUGAUCCUAGUCGAGUACUUGUUGGUAUGCCAUUUCUUAAUACUGUAUUUUUAUUAAUUGUUAGUUCAAAUGGUACUAAUAUCAUAUUAAAUAGUUUUGUAAAUAAUGGAGAUUCAAUAGAAUUUGGAAAGAAUGUUGCGUGGUUAUCAAAUUCUGAAGCAGCAAUAUUAACUUCAAACUGUUUAAUUAAGAAUUCUUCAAAAGUUUAUUUAUAUAAAUCAUUAAAUAAUAUGUCAUUAUCACCAUCACAUUCAGCAACAUUUCCUAAUAUUCAACAACGUUUACCACCAACAAUAAAUUCUCGUUUUAUUCAAAUGAUUUCAACGCCAAGUUCACUUGCUAUACUUGGAGUUAAUAGUGAAAUACUUCUUCUGUUACCUUCUCCACCAGGAUAUGUUUCAUCGACAACUUUAGCUGCAACUGAUUCAAUAUUUAUUGUCAGUGAAUCAAUGAUGUGUAUGCCUGGUACAUUUAAAAAUAAUAGUAGUAUUUUUCCAUGUUCUCUAUGCCCAAGUGGUACAAGAAAUCCGAGUAAUCUCGCACCUAUAUCAUGUAUAACAUGUUCAUCAGAUACAUUUUGUCCAAUUGGAUCUGUAAGUGAUGUAAAUAAAAGCUUUCUUUAUCCUCGCUCGCAAGCACAUGUUUAUCCACGUUCACCUGACAUAAUUGUAUUCGAUGAAAUUCUUCUUCAAAAUAUGUUUUCAACUAGUGUGAAUGAACUCUGUAUUUUUAUUUCACCUCUUUUUUGGGUACUAAUAGUUAUUGGUAUUGUUAUUAUUAUAUUAGCUAUUAUGGGUAUAAUUAAACGGUGGGUUCAACAUCCUGUUGCUCAUAAAGUACGUUAUCAUGUAAAGAAUAUCUUUCGACAAGCUGAUCUCAUCCAUGAAGGUGAAAUGUGGAUGGGUGGAUUACUUUCAUUUGCUGUUAUUGUUCUUCUUAUAUUUGCAUAUACAUUUUCUGUCGCCUUUUAUCGAGAAUAUCCAUCAGAAAAUAGUGGUCCAUCAACAUUUACUUGUGGUGAAACAAUCCGUAAUGUUAAAUAUGAAAGUGGUCUACAAUCACUCUCAAUUCCAGCUUCACAUGAUGAACAACCAAUGUUGGAUCUUCUUAAUGAACAAAAUUAUAUUCUUCGUUUAGAUGUAUUAAAUACCGUUGUGUCAUGUAAAAAUUUAGUCGUUGAACAAAGUUUUGGAUCUUCAACAACAAAAUUAAUUCCAAAUUGUAUAUACACAAAUGGAAUUUUAUCAGCUCAUGUUAGAUUAUCCUAUCAUAAAGUAAUAAUUAAAUGGAUUUUUAACGAUAUUGCAUUUAUCGGUGGUAUACGCAUUAAUCUGUUAGCUGAUGAAGAACAUUAUGAAAUGUAUCAAUUGAAAGAACUCGAUUACAGUCAGACAAUUUUCGAUUAUUUUAAUCGAACAUUAUCACAAACGAUGGCUAUUCAUUUAGAAUUGACUAAAGCAAUCAAUGAAACAGAAUCACUAACAGGAUAUAAAUCAAAAUUUUCAGGAAUUUGGAAUCCAAAUUUUGUCGUUGAUGAAAAUCAUAUGUUUAUUUCAUCUGAAGAUUAUAUUACAUCAGUUGAUCUUACAUCAACUACAUUAACUAUGUUUAUAAGUGAAACAUCAUAUUAUAUUAAAAAUCGUCAAUUACCUAUUGCUAAAUUACGUGAAAUUGUUUUUCAUAAUCUUCUUUUUACAAUUGUUUCUCUUGACAUUUUUCGACUUAUUAUACUUCUCUAUAAAUUAGUUAUGCUUCCUUCAAUCAAUAUUCUUCUGAUACACUUCAGAAAUAAAAAAAGAAUUAUAUUAACAAAAAUGGAAAGUGUUGAUCAUGAUACAAUGACUGAUGAUUAUGAUACAACAGUAGAUGAUCAUGAUACAAUACCAUAUGAUCAUCUUAUAUCAGUAGAUAAUCAUGAUACAACAACAGAUAAUCAUGAUACAACAACAGAUGAUCCUGAUACAACAACAGAUGAUCCUGAUACAACAACAGAAGAUCAUACUACAAUAACAGAUAAUUAUAAUACAAUAGGAAGAUCAACAGGAAAUGAUUAUUAUAUCGUUGACGUUAAUUGA